AUGAGCGUCUUACAACGUAAAAUAGCCGUUAUGGGGUUCCCAUGCGUCGGAAAAUCAUCGAUCACGAUGCGAUUCGUAAAAGGAACCUUUCCGGAUUCCUACGAUACGACGAUUGAAGAUAUGUAUGCAAAACCGCACAAGUUUAAUGGGCGCGAAUUCAAUCUGAGAAUUACAGAUACGGCUGGACAACAGGAGCAUUCCCUAUUCCCCCAAUCAUGUACAUAUGAUGUCGAUGGAUACAUUAUCGUCUAUGCGAUCGAUGAUCGCCAAUCAUAUGAAAUCGUCCAAACCAUCUACGAAAAAAUCCGCGAUAACGUUGGAGACAUCAAAUUCCCAAUCGUUUUGGUUGGCAACAAAGCUGAUUUGCAAUCAACAUCCCGCGCCGUAACUAGGGAUGAGGCCCAACAAUUAGCAAAGCAGUGGGAUGUUGUCUUCCUGGAGACAUCAGCGAAGGAUAAUACGGCAAUCCAACAAAUUUUUGAAAAAAUCCUCUACGAGAUAGAACUCUCGAAGGGGAACAUUCGCCGCCCACCACCUCCAAAAGACAAGUGCACAAUUUCC